AUGGAUCGUCAAAAGCAAGUUUCUUGCCCGGAAAACGCAGAGUUAGCGGCGUACAUGUGGAAUAAGCGGCAAGAAAUGGCGCAGCGUACCCAGGGCAUCUCCGACAAUAUCGACUCGACCCUUAACAAGGCCUAUUCCAAUGUUUGUAGUUUCAGCGCCCCAAUCAAAUCCCUGAAAGACUUGUCUCAAAUCAAGGGUGUGGGUAAAUGGAUUUUGAAGCAAAUGCAAGGGUUUUUUGGGACAGAUUCUCGUGUUUCCAAGAAUGAAGAUAUGACUGGAAAAGGGAAUUAUAAAAAUAAGGAACCCAAGCGCUAUGUGCCACAAAAGAAGUCUGUCGCCUAUGCCUUGUUGAUUACACUCUACAGGGGGACAGAAAAUGGAAACGAAUUUAUGCGAAAACAAGAGCUUAUUGAUGCAGCUGACAUUAGUGGAUUGGCUCGUGUGCCAAUUGCGCCUGAAAAAACAAAAGGGAAAUCUGGAUAUUCUGGAAGCUCACCUGGGACCUGGUACAGUGGAUGGAACUGCAUGAAGACGUUAAUAACUAAAGGACUUGUUGUGAAGUCGAGCUGCCCGGCGAAAUACAUGCUGACAGAAGAAGGGAAAGAAGUAGCAUGUGAAUGCCUAUUGAGAUCUGAAAUGCUCGAUCCAAAUAAGAAUUUGGACAGUUUGAAUGACGUUUCAGAUCUAGACCAAAGGGACAAAUCAAUAGUUGACUCAACUGUAGUCAUGUCGGAUUUGGGGUUGGAUAAUGAUGCUUCAUUUAAAAAAAUGGCACUUCCAUCUGCUGGCUUGAAGAAGCAGAAGAAAUCAAUUGAUAUUCCAUCUGAAUAUCUUGAUAAGUUUGUCAGAAUGGGUUUUUCUGAGCAGCAAAUUUUCCGUGCAUUUGCUGAGGUUUCAGAAAUAUCUCGGAGCAAAGAGAUGUCAUCAAUCUGGCCAACUGUUCUUUGUCGUCUCCGAGAAGAUGAAGUUUAUGGUCAAGUUUGUCUUAGUGCCAGGGAGAAUAGACUGAUGAAUGCUUCUCCAAUUGUUGCAUCUAAUAAUCAAAAGUUGGCAGUUCUUCGAGAUCCUGGAAAGGGUUUUUGUACUUUAAAAGCUUGCUCAUCCGCUGAUUGUGUUAUGGAAAAGCAAGGCAUUCAAGGAUCAGAAUCUAAACAAAACGUUCUAGCGAUGCCACCUUUGAAAUUCGGAGAGAAAUUUGAUGAUGUUUAUGGAGUAAUUUUGAUAUUAGAUAGUAGGGAGCAAUUCGCCACACAAGGGUCACGUUCCAGGAAAAUUAUUGAGAAAGUAUGUGCUGAAUUUAAAAUUCAGAUAGAGGUUAGAAGGUUGCCUGUUGGGGAUGGCAUCUGGAUAGCUCGUCAUAAAUAUGAUGGCAGUGAAUAUGUUCUUGACUUCAUUGUUGAGAGGAAGAAUGUUGAUGAUUUGCGCCUCUCUAUCAGGGACAAUCGAUAUAGAGAUCAAAAACUACGACUCUUGAGAUGUGGAUUUAAAAAGAUGACAUAUCUGGUGGAAGGUGAUCCCAAUUCGUCGGAGGCUGCUGAAAGCAUCAAAACCGCCUGUUUUACAACUGAGAUCUUGGAGGGAUUUGAUGUGCAAAGAACAAGUGGCUUGGCAGAUACAUUGAGGAAGUAUGGUUAUCUUACUAAAUCAAUAGAUGAAUACUAUAGUUCUUUGGAUGCUGAGCAGAGAAGCCCUGGGCUCUGCCCAGCUUUUGAUGUAUUUAUCAAGAGUUGUGAAGACUUGGAUAAGAUGACAGUUACUGAUGUAUUUGCGGUCCAACUUAUGCAGGUUCCACAUGUAACAGAGACAAUAGCUCUUGCUGUUUUGGAUAUGUAUCCAACAUUGAUAUCCCUUGCUCGUGCAUACUCUCUUCUCGAUGGUGAUGUUUCUGCUCAAGAAGAAAUGUUGAAGAGGCAGAGUAACAACUUGAUCAGCGGACCUGCUAGCCGAAAUAUUUUCCAGCUAGUAUGGGGCAAAUGA